ACAGUCAGUUUGUUACACAUUCCGGGGACACAACCACAAAAAUCAUUUCGUGUUUUUCACUUGAAAGUUUCGCAUGACACAACGCGUUAACGGACAUUUAUGGAAAUUUUAGCGGAUUUUUUUUUCGCAGGAAGUAUAAAAAAACAAAUAAUAAAAAUUAAUAAAAAAUAUAAAACUUAAAAAAAAAAAAAAUAAUCUAUGGUUAAAAGAAAAAUUUUUAAAUAUUUAAAAAUAAACAAAUUUUAAAUUUAACGGUUAUUUAAGAUAAAAAAUUAAACUAAACAUUUGUGCAAUUAAACAAAUUUUUUUAUAAAAAAAUAAAAUAUUUUAUAAAAAAGUGUAAAUAAAUAAUUUAUAAUAAAACAAGAGCUUUUCUUAUAAUAAUUAAAAAUAAGUUUUUAAACAAUAUAAUACCUUCUUCAAUGGACUACCUAUUCAAUAUUAAGUUGUCGUAAAUAAUUCCUAAAACUAAAAACCCUUCCCGGAUAAGAAUAGUUACAACAUCAUCAUAUGACUACUAAUUCAACAAACAACAAAAUCUGUAUUUAAAGAAAUUUACCACAAUUUCACUUUAAAUUCCUUUAUAAUGUCAACAUUUUGUGCAAUUUUACAUCAACAUCAACAGGAGCAAUUGCGUCAAAGUAUUUCGCCACAACUGGCCGGAUCAAUUGUUAAUAUGACGACCAGCAGUAGUUCAUCACAUCAGAAACAAUCAAGCUCUUCGCCAAUACUUAGCAGUAGUGGUAGUAGUAACAACAAUUACACUAACCUAACAAUGUCACCCAAUAAUUCAAGUGAUCCAACAACAAAUAUUUUACAACAUACACUACAUCUAAACAAUGGACACAUCAGUAGUAGUAGCAGCAACAACAACAACAAUAACACAUGUGGCAGUAACAACAACAGCAGCAACAAUCAUAAUAAUACCAGCAUUCAUCAUAACGACCAUAUUAAAAGACCUAUGAAUGCCUUUAUGGUUUGGUCCAGAGGACAACGACGCAAAAUGGCACAAGAUAAUCCAAAAAUGCACAAUUCUGAGAUAUCAAAACGUUUGGGUGCUGAAUGGAAACUUCUAACCGAAGGACAAAAGCGACCAUUCAUUGAUGAGGCCAAACGUUUGAGAGCCCUACACAUGAAAGAACAUCCCGACUAUAAAUAUCGACCGAGACGAAAACCUAAAACUCUUAAUAAAUCACCAGUGCCGGCGGGACACAGCAAUAACAACAACCACAAUGGUCAAAACCCCAAAGACUCUCAAAUAAAUGGCAACAACUCAACACAUCUAGGGCAUAAACAACAUCACUCGAAUCAACAUCAACAAACGCCAGCCAAUUUAACCUCACAAAAAUAUAAUUUUGGUUCUCCUCUGGAAUUGACUUUAAAUAUGCCACAGCGUGUUACCAAUGUAUUUCCCGCCGCUUUAUCACACUAUCCUUUAGAUCCCACCAUAGCACUGGAUCUACAGGCGCGACUACAGGCCAUGUAUGCUGGUAGUUUGUAUCACCCCUGGCGUUAUUUUGGCUGUACUCCUCUUAUCAGUCCCGAAACACCUCCUUCACCGCCCAGCAGCAAUAGUACGGGUAUUUCAUCUUAUGGUUGCAUAAAAUCUGCCAAAUCCUCACCAACUUUAGCGUUGCCCGCCCAGGCACCACCCAAUAUUAUUUGACCAACUCCUUUACGUUACGGAGCCGUUGAACCCGCCGUCUGAGAAAACUCCUUACAAAGGAUUAAGUUUUAAUUACAAUUUUUAAGAAGCUCCAGCUAAAUCCGUCGUCGUCAAGUUUUAAUUGCACAAACUAAAAAUUCCAAUAGCUAAAAAAUUAAGCUUCUUUCGGUACCACAAAAAUAGAUGAAUUUUUGCCCCAGGAGUAUACAAAAUUCUACGCGAUAUGUACUAUAUGGAACUUAAAUAAAUUUUGAAGGAAACUAAGUAUAUAAAUGCGCUUAAAUGCAUAGAUUGGUAUAUUUUUUUGUGAUAAUGUCCAGUAAAUAAAUU